GUUUUUGUCGUGACGGGAGUCCUUCACAUAUUCACUCCUCAUAUUUUUGCGUUUUUAUAUAUUUAUUGGGUUAUUUUAAUUUUUUUUUUUUAAAAAUGGGUAUUUUUAAUGACAGUCAUAUGAAAUCAGCUUAACACUAAUUUAUUCUGUGCCGAGGUCACAAAAAAGGCAAGUCUGGUCAGUACGUUCAUAAAGGUCGGAUGACAGGUGGGGACUUGUGUUUUACUCUAAAAAGACAAAAUGAGCGACAACGUUCAUCUUAGUUUAGCAAACACAGGUAAAGACGGCAAAACCUCGGCAGCCACGGACAGCAACGACCAGGACCAGGAGAGCUUCCCGUACGACGCGGAAGACCCGGGCGAAGAGAGCGACGCGCCGGAGGCGAGAGACGGCGCGGUCAGUCCGGAGGAGCUCAACGACGACGACACGUCCGGAGAGAGCGAGAACGUGCCCAAGACCUGCAUCUAUGACGGCUGCACCGAGACCACGACCCAGGUGGCCAAAGCCAGGAAGCCCUGGAUGUGUAAAAAACACCGUAAUAAAAUGUACAAGGACAAGUACAAGAAAAAGAAAAGCGACCAAGCCAUGUCGUCGGGAAAACUAGACGAGGCUUCGGAGGAGAGGCCUGUGUCUGUUACUAAGCAACGGCUGGGUACCACGGGAGACAGACCCGCCAGACCGUCCCUCAUUGAGCAGGUGCUGAACCAGAAGAGACUGUCUCUGCUGAGGAGUCCAGAAGUCAUCAGUUUCCUUCAGCAGCAGCAGCGUUUACUGACCACACAGAAUCGAGCUCAAACACAGCACAACUACUGAAGACUGAAGAUGUUUUACUCAUCCCGUCUACGAUUUAAUGCAGACACAUUUUCAAUGACAUUUUUACAACGGCAGUAUUCUAUACUCGUGUGAGAACCAUUAGCAUCUGUGACCUACAACCAUCCUUGAUGAUGUGGAGACUAUCAACACUGCAUUCUGAAAACUUGGAUGUUUGACAAGGAUCUGAUCGAUCUGAAGUACUUCUGUCAUCAUCAGUCUCUUUGAGAUCAUGAAAUGAAUUAGCAGCUAAAUCUACUAUAUAUCAACAAUCCAUUUGAAUAACCACCCUAUUCGGCCACAUGUAGUGUCUUUUAGGAUUUUUCAAUUAUUGAUAGUAAAUAUGAAAUGGCAGCUGUUAUCAAAGGAUUUUUUAGUGAUCAAUCCAAUCUGUAAUAAUGUCACCAGUGAAAGCUACAGUUUAGUUUCACCUUUUUUGCCACAUCUUGACCGUGUAGCUGAAAGUAACAUCGUACAAACAGAAUUGUUCAUCAGCUUUAUUAUUAUUUUAAACAUGGUGAAAACUCAGUAAGUUGCUGAGGGCGUUCCUAUGACGUUUUAUUGAUCUUGUGCAGUUUUCAGCUUUAAAAGCAUUAAUAUGUAUAAGGAUUUUUCAGGUCAGAAAAUAAGCAGGCAGAAAUAGAAGGAAGUUUUUUUGUAUUACAAGAACAAGAAAGCUAACGCAAAUGCAAAACAACAUGAAAUGUUAUAGAAGACACAUAUUAGCCAAAAUAUGACACAAAUAAACCAUUUCCAGAACAAG